UUGAUUAACAGAACAAUUGUAUGUGGUUUACUAUAUGACAAUUAAAAACUAGAUUCUUGAGCUAAAUUAAAGUUAUUUUGCAAAUACAAAAGCAUAAAGUUUGUAAAGUGGAGGCUGAAACAAACCAUGUCGCUUCACCCUAACGAUGGACGAUUUUCGAAUGAGGGAGGUAGUUUCACUAAUUUGGCAGCAGUGCAAGAAAUCGUAGACGAAGAAGAAAAUGAAUCGAUAUCCAGUUCAAACGUAGAUUCGUCUAGUACUCCCAACAUGGUUUCUUUUAAUGGUAAACUGGCGAAGAACUCGAGAAUUCCCGAGUCUCAUGGUAGUGAUAUCGACGUGGAAAUCUCAUCAACUGGCGAGGACGGAGUACGUCCCAGUCGGGCGUUGAGAAUGCGACAGUCUCGAGCUGAUAAGUCGUUCAGUAGACGAGGAACUAUGGGAUUACGUCGACCAUCCAUGUGGGGAACUUACAAACGUCGUAGUACAAUGAAAAAACAUUCAAUAUGGACAAUUGAUUACGAUGAAGAGGAUGCGGAAAGAGAAUUGAUAUUGAAGAUCAGAAAGAAUCUCCCUUUGAAAGAUUUUACUGAGGAGGUUCGAGCUCAUAAAGAUUUAGCAAAGUUUCUACUUCAGCCUACCGUCUUAUUGGAUCUUCCGGAUACAGAUUUGGAAACCAUUAUAGAAAAAAUGAUGGAAAAACUACGUAAAGAUGUAGCAGGGGAGGAUAAAAUUUAUGUUCGGGCUGAUAAAGCGUUCUUUACAAAUCAUCCAACUGCGACUGACUCUAUGGCAUCUUCUGAUACUCUCCGUGAAACAAUACAAGGUGUAAAAUAUCUGAAAGAAGGCACAACGUACGAGGAAACGUGGCUAACUACUUUGUGUAUUUUGCCGAUGUUGAAAAAGAGUCAUGUUGUGAUUGCAAGAUUACGUCAUCCUUUAAACUUGGGAAAUAAAUUCACGGAAGUUUCUUUCGUGAUUGCAGUUGUUGCACCAGAAAGAGAGAAAUUCACAAAAAAUGCCGUUGAGGUUGGACGUACAUUUUCAUCCCUUAUGACCAACAUAUAUUUCCGGAGAAGUUUGAGCAAUGCCUCCACGGAAGAUGAGUUCAAACAAGUUUUGAUAAAACAACAUGAGAGCUUCAGAGCAGAAAACGGGUUGUCGUUACUGACCAACAGUUUUGAAGAGGCAGGAGGCAAAGACCCCUAUGACGAAAUGGAGGAAUAUCCAUUUUAUCAUUUUGGACGAGGUGCUAUUGAUGAUAUUCGACGAAGACUGCCUUACUACCCUUCUGAUUUUAUUGACGGCUUUGUCGGUAAAAACACAUUACGAAAAGUGAUCGCGACGACAUUCUUUUUAUAUUUCUCCUGUUUAUUACCCGAUAUUGCAUUUGGUGCUUUGUAUGAGAAAAACACAAACGGAAAAAUAGGCGUGGCUUCAUGUAUUUUGGCUCAAACAUUUGGAGGACUGGUGUUUUCAUUGAUCAGCGGUCAACCCUUGUUGGUACUCAUUACAACUGCGCCACUUGCACUUUACGUUAAAGUGAUAUAUAUGGUCAGCGAUGUGAUCAGUGUCGACUUCCUAGCGUUGUAUGCAAUGGUUGGAUUAUGGAAUUCGUUUUUUAUAUUUCUACAAGGUUGCUUUCAUGCCAGCAAAUUGAUGAGAUAUUCCACAAGAUCAACCGAGGAAAUAUUCGCAUUCUUUGUCGGCCUCGCCUUUAUUGCUGAUGCCGUACUUUCAACUAUGGAAAAUCACGAAAAAAAUUACAAUUUCAAUUCAACGAAGUAUGAAUUAAAUUCAAGUACUGCAAAGCCAUUGCCGGAUAACUGUUUGAAUGAAUAUUACUGUGUUCGACCGGAAAACUUCGUUCUUUUCUUGUUUUUGAUGUUUGGUACACUGUCACUCGCCAUGAUCAUCCUUCGUUUUGAGCAAUCGCAAUUUUUAUCAUCAACGAAACGUGAAAUUUUGGCAGAUUUCGCUCUUCCAAUUUCAGUCAUUAUAUUUUCAGUAAUUGGAUCGAUCGCAUUCAGAGAUAUAAAUCUUGCCCCAUUCAACUUUGUUCCUGAGCAAAUCAAAUUGGAGUUGGCCCCAUUUCACAAGUUGCGAUUCGAUGCCGUACUUGUAGCUGCUGGUCUUGGCUUGUCACUCAGCUGUUUAUUUUACGUCGACGACAAUGUCACGGCUGAACUAGUAAACACACCUUCCAACAAGUUACAAAAAGGAUCUUCUUGUCAUUGGGAUUUGAUAGUAGUUGCCCUAAUCAAUGCCAUACUUUCAAUUUUUAAUUUACCUUGGUUACAUUCUGCGUUGCCACAUUCUCCGAUGCAUGUCAGAGCGCUUGCCGAUGUAGAAAAGCACGUCACUAACCUUGGGACCGUGGAAGACGAAAUCGUGAAAGUUCGUGAGACAAGAAUAACGACAUUAGUGUCUCAUAUUUUCAUCGGCCUCUCUCUUCUUUUUGUUCAUGUACUGCAAUAUAUUCCUGUCGCUGUUUUCCAGGGCCUUUUUCUUUACCUUGGACUAAUGUCGUUUGUUGGCAAUCAACUGUUUGACAGAAUGUUACUUUUCUUUACCGAAGGGAGUUCCUAUCCACCAAAUCACUACGUUCGCAAAGUACCACAAAGGAAACUUCAUUUGUUCACGAUUUGCCAAUUAGUUCAACUUGCUGUUGUUUGUGUUUUUGGUUUCUCGAAGCAAUUUUAUUUGAAGAUGAUUUUUCCAGUUAUAAUUCUUUUGCUAUUACCGAUAAGGCACAAAGUUCUUCCGCUGUUCAUCGAAACAAGAUAUCUUUGUAUAUUAGAUUCUUAUCUCACAUAAAUGAUGUUGUCUUGGAUUGCUGCGAGUAAAAAUACGUCUUACAUUCCGGCAUCCCUAUUCAGUAUCUUAAGUCCAGCACACAAGACGUGAUUUUCUGAAGCUUCCGAUCCCAUGGUGCUCGGCAUUAAGCUCACAUUGAAGAUAUUUUAAUGCAUUCUUGAACUUGUGAAUAGUUGACUAUUUUAUGCAAUAGACAUGUGUGAAAAUCUCUGAAUUACUUGGACAUUUGAUAUUUCUUUUAUAAAGGUGCUUUUUGCUUGUUAGUUAAGUAAUAUUAUUUCUACUUUUGUGAGAUGUUCACUUGAUUUUGAUGAUAUUUUUACUUUUAAAGUAAUGCGUGGAAUUGUAAGCGUAGAACUACUUGUUCUGUAGUUUGUUCCAUUUAAAAUAUGUUAAUUCAUCUUGAUUGCAACGACUGUAUAUUUUUUUUGCCUUUUUCGUCAUAAAUCUAAAUGCAAUUCCAUCUUAUUAUCCGCUGAUGCGCACAAAAUUACCGUGAUUUGAACAGAAGCCUGAUACUCGUUAGUUUAUUUAUUAUUAUUAGGUUUGUUCCCAUAUUUUGUAAAUGAUUGUACUUCAACAAAUUCGUACUUUUUACCCGUACUAUUUUAUAUUGGAGAUGAGAUCUACUUUGUAAAUGGAUCAAUUUGAAUUCGUACUAUCGAUACUUAUAUUUACUGGUAAUAUCCUGUUCUGCUUUUCAACCUAUUAAAUCCAAGCAUGAUCUCUAAUUUGGAAGUUAAAGCACUCCAUACAAUUCAAGCCUUCUCGCCUGACUUAGAAUCACGGUACCUAAAUUACUUGUUUCGCAUUGUUUUGAAUGGAUUGAGGAAAGUUUUUUUGCUCCCAUCAGGGAUGAAUGCCAUAAGCAUAAACACUUGAUAAGGGCGGAAUCAAGCCGUUAAUAGUUUCAAAAAUUAGGAAAUACCAACUGGGGCCAAUCCAAACUUCGAAUUUCCUGUUUUUCGUUUAUAAAUUAAUUUUGCAUGUAACCUAUUCUUUGAACAACAUCUGUCCUUGGUUGUUCCAUUUGUUUGUCUAUUGUACUUAUUCAUAUAAUCUUAUUACUCCAUAACUUCUUCCUUACAGAAGUUGCCAAAUUCAAUUUCUUUUUUGAUUUUUCUUGAUUUUGUGUGUUGUGUUAUGUCAAUUUGAACUUGCUAAUACAAAAAUAUUUUUGACAUUUUGA